CGGAAGUUGCUUCCGAGUCGGGUAGAGGGGCGGGGUUUGUAGUGUGUAGUUGAUUAAUGAUUUGGUGUUAAACCGGUAUAAAGUGAUCCUGAUUAAACCGAUAUCAUCACCACAGAGUGUCAAAUCUCAUCUCAUCAUGAGUCAGAGUAAACGGGGAUCUUCACAGAACCGGAGGUCUCAGAUGGUGGUGGAUGAUGAUGAUGAAGGUUCUUUCACUCAGCCCAGUCUUUCCCAGGUACAGAGAGCCAGAGACAACUUCACAACUGUACAAGUGGACCGCAAGGUUGCUGAAGUUGUGCAGUUUAUUCUGAUCAAGGACCAGAGGAAGAUUCCCAUCCGGAGAACAGACAUUGUUAAACACGUGAUGAAGGAAUACCGGUCUCUGUACCUGGACAUCAUGAAGCGAGCAGACCGAACAUUUGAGCAGGUGUUUGGACUAAAGCUGGUGGAGAUUGACUCCAAGAAUCACAUUUAUAUCCUCACUAACAGACUGGAGCAGUCACUUGAGGAACCAAUCAGCAUGUGUCCUGCAAACCCAAAGACUGGGUUACUGUUUGUGAUCCUGGGCAUCAUUUUCAUGAAAGGCGGAAGUGUUAAAGAGACUUUAGUGUGGAACACUUUGAAGAAGCUCCGAGUGGACGUUGGAGAGAGACACGAGGACUUUGGUGAUGUGAAGAAGACCAUAAGUGAAGAGUUUGUACGACAGAAGUAUCUGGAGUAUGUUCGUAUUCCUCACACUGAGCCUCUGGAGUUUGAGUUUCGUUGGGGUCAGAGAGCAGAGAGUGAAGUAUCAAAGCUGAAAAUGCUUCAGUUUAUAGCAGAGCUACAUGAUCAGGAGCCUCAGUCAUGGACUCAACAGUACAGAGAAGCCACGAGUGCAGAGAACACACAGAGAUAACGCAACAGGAGUGUGUGUGUGUGUGUGUGUGUGUGUGUGUGUGUACAGAGUCAGUGUUCAUUAUUAUCUCCUUAUGGUUCCUCAUUAUUUCCCUCUUAACAUUGAGAUGAUAUCUGGAACUAUUUGCUUAUAGCAAACAUAAAACUUUGGUUAUUAGAAGGUACAUUAGAUACCUGAGUGUCUUCACGUCCACACACGGCUUCUGUUCCUGUCCUGAGUGAGAAGUUCAUCACUGAAAACAGCCUGUGAUACCAGGACAGUGUGUGUACUGCUGGUUAAUGGUGGAAGGGGGCGUGGCCUGAUGGAUUAGAAGUGUAAAUGUAUUGGCACCCCUAUUUUAUUUCACUUCUUCCAAACUUUUUUAAUAAUACAGAGCUGAAAUGAUCUCCAGCUUUCUCUUCUUCAUUUAACUGGUGCUUACUCAGUUCUUCCUGAAGAAACACUCAGUAAUGUGUUUAAAUCUUCUCUCUCUCUCGCUCUCUCUCGCUCUCUCUGUCUCUCUCGCUCUCUCUGUCUCUCUUGCGCUCUCUCUCUCUCUCUCUCUCUCUCUCCCUCCCUCCCUCCCUCCCUCCCUGUGCUUUCAUUUGCACCAGAAAUGCCAAUAAAAUCACAAUAAAUCUCUG